AUGUCGAACCAACAUGAACUCCUAGUGCCGCAAUGGCACCAUGUCACGAAACAGGAAUGCCACUCCAAUAUUCAAACCUCCUCAGCAUCCGCCACUGUAGAUGAAAAGAAACAGAACCUCACAAUCAGCAACGAAUUCCGCUUCGAAAUAGCCGACUCAGCCUGCGCCCAACCCGUCAACCAGCCAGGCCGCUUCGACGCCGAAGUAGCCUCCUGCGUCGUCCACGGCGCCAUCCCGCCCUCCAUCGACGGGACCUUCUACCGCAUCGUCGUUGACUAUGUCUUUCAGAACCGUAAUUGCAAGGAUAUUUGGAUCAACGGCGACGGCGCAGUGAAUGCGUGGAGAAUCUCGAAUGGUGUCGUUGAUUUCCGACAAAGGUUUGUGAGGACGCCACGGUUUCUUCAUGAAGGGGCGGCGCGGCAGCCGUUGUGGGGUACGUAUCGGGAUUCGUUUGCGGGGGACCCGAGGGUGUUUGAGGAGCGGUGGCGGAGAAAAUUGCUUGUGUUGAAGGAGGAUAGUCCGCCUAUUUUGAUGGAUCCCGAUACGCUUGAUACUAUCGGCGUUUAUAACUUUGAGGGGCAGUUGAAGGCAAAGACCUUUGCCGCUCACCCCAAGACUGAUGUUUCCACGGGCGACAUGCUUGCCUUCGACAUGGAGGCUUCGAGACUCGGUUCAAACGACCUGGACUACUACCGAUUCGACAAAGAAAGUAAAGUGCUUGACGAAUGCUGGAUCAAGACUCCCAUCGUUACUUGGACUCAUGACAUGGCAGCAACCGACAACUAUGUCAUCUUCGGCAUGUCGCCCUUGGAGUUUGACCUGAAGCACAUGAAGGAAGACAACGGAACGCACUUCCGCAGGAACCCUUUCCUCGCCAACCACUUCGUUGUCUUCCCCCGCCGGAACCCAAAGCCCCAAGACGCAAAAUGGUCCACCUCCCUCAAGAACCACUACUGGGGCCACGUCUGCAACCACUUCGAAGACGCAGCCGGCCUAAUCUACAUCGAUGUCUACCUCCACGACGUCGAUGCCCUCCGCGUCUUCCCCACCAAGCACCCUGAACUCGAAGCCACCGCCCAGAGACCGGCUCCCGUGGAGAAGUUCGUCCGCUUUAAGAUUGAUCCCAAUUCAGAGUCGAGUGAGCUGGAGUUGCCGGCGAUCAUCAGUGAUACCCCCGGUGAGAUGGCGCGGUGCGAUGAUCGGUAUACCACCAAGCCGUAUAACCAUUGCUCUUGGGUGUGGAAUGCCGGGCCGAGCAAGUCGGUGGGUGAGCCGUGCUUUAUCCCUACAGCGGAGGUUGCGCUGGAGGGUGAUGGGUACUUAGUUGUUUCGUGCCGAGAUCAUGAGACUACGCUGUGUAGUCUUGUGGUUUUAGAUACGCGGGAUAUCACGGCUGGGCUGGUGAGUGUUAUCCAGCUUCCGUUUAGGAUUCGGGAGGGUGUGCAUGGGAAUUGGGUUCCCGCGUAUGAGUUUGCGACCAGGAAGCCGCUUGUGGACUACGCGGGUGGUACGCCUGAGAUCUUGGAGAAGUUUGGGACGGGGGCGCCUGUUCCCUUCGACGACCUUAAUGCUCGGCCUGUGAAGAGGCGGCCAUGACGAUGAUAUGGGUGACGCAUGUGCCUGAUAUCGAGCAGUCUCGCGGGAUGACGAGCCGUAUUUGACUUUAGUAUCUUUGAAUCUUAAAUCGCAAUACGUGUUGAUUCUCCCUGGUUUACCUCAAGCUUGAUAGCGACGUGGAUGCUGGUGUGCAGUGCUUAUCACGAUUACGUGUGGU